GAUUUCUCGUAGCAUUGUGUAAUAGUUGGUUAAAUUUAUUUUUUGAAACUGCAUCGACAUGCAAAGAUCAAUUUUCGAACAGUUAUUCCAAAAGGCCUGCAGAUAUUAUAGCUAUAAAUCCGUUAAGCGUCCUGACUUCACGGCAAUAUCGAAAGUUGUGUCGCAUCCAGUUGGCAAGGAAGUCCGACCUAAGGAAAAUGUAGAUCUUACAAAACAACUGCAAGCCAAAAUUUUAGCAACUGGGCCGAUAACUAUCGCUGAAUAUAUGCAAGAAGUUUUAAUAAAUCCACAGUCGGGUUAUUAUAUGAACCGGGACGUUUUUGGUCGCGAGGGAGAUUUCAUAACCUCACCGGAAAUAUCGCAAAUUUUUGGAGAACUUGUUGCUAUUUGGGUUUUAAGUGAAUGGCAAAAAAUAGGCGGACCCCCAUUUCAGCUAGUGGAACUUGGUCCGGGAAGGGGUACUCUGGCACGUGAUGUCCUGAAAGUGUUGUCUCAAUUCAAACUUGGAAGCAACUUUUCUAUGCAUCUGGUUGAGAUAAGUCCACAUCUAAGCACGUUACAAGCUCAACUUUUGUGCUAUAAACACGAAGCAGCCGACAGCAAUACGGAAGGUUAUUACCAGAAAGGAGUGACUGCCUCAGGCAUACAAGUUUAUUGGUAUUCUCGACUGGAGGAUGUACCUGCCGGAUUUUCCAUUGUAUUGGCUCAUGAGUUCUUUGAUGCUUUGCCAGUACAUAAACUUCAAAUGGAGGAUGGAUUAUGGAAGGAAGUACUAGUAGAUAUAGCCGACAAGCAGACUGAUGAAACAGAUUUUAGAUUUGUUCUGUCAAAGAAUCAAACGCCUAUUUCAAAAAUAUUUGAACCUAUAGCCGGAGAGACAAGACAAUGCCUUGAAUAUUCAAUAGAAUCGGAUCGCUUAAUAAGUUUAUUGGCUGGUCGUUUCGAAGCAAAUGGUGGCAUUGGAUUGAUAAUUGAUUAUGGUCAUUUUGGUGAAAAAUCGGAUACAUUAAGAGCUUUUAAAAGGCACGAACUAUUUAAUCCCUUGAAAUCACCAGGUACAGCCGAUAUAACAGUCGACGUCGACUUUAGGCAAAUGAAGCGAGUUGCUGAAAGAGAUAAUAAGGUUUUAUGUCUCGGGCCUGUUGAACAAGGACUUUUUCUGCAACGUAUGGAGGGAGAAGUGCGCCUAGAGCGCCUAUUGAAAAAUGCUUUGCCUGAAAAUCAAACUACAAUUAAGUCAGCAUACGAGAUGCUCACACAACCAGAGAAGAUGGGAUCCAGAUUUAAAUUCUUCUCCAUGUUUCCGGCUGUAUUAAAAGAUCACUUACAAAAGUUUCCUGUAAAUGGUUUCCAGUAGUCAGAAUCUUACAUGUGUGUAUUAGAUACAUUUAAAUUUAUUUUACAAUAAGAUUUUAAAAAUCGAUGAAAUUAAAUAAUUAAUGUUAUUUCUUGUUAAA